UCUCAAUUCCGACUGUAUCUGAGCCUCUCGAGUGGAUUGCGUCUGAGGCCGAGCCUCUGAGAGGCUGAGGCUAGCCGUUGAACGAGACCAUGAUAUGCAGAGCUGUGGGUAAGGCCCUCGAUCUUCAUCCUGCCUGUCUUGGGGACUGGGUGGCCUCGCAGGAUGCAGCAUGCGGCGAUGGAGUCGGACCAACAAUCCCUUAUGCUGAAACAUCCCGAGUCAGAUCCUUUUGGCGAGGUCUUCCUUUGUAGCCUUGUUGCAUCCCCUCUGCUGUUGAUACUAACCCAAGAAUAUCCACGUUGUCUUUCCACCUCGCCACGUUGUUUUUGGAUCGUCUAAGGAGCACUCAAUUGCGUUUGCAGUCUCCUUUGUCUUCCUGCGUAUGCGACAACGUCCGUCUUACCAGGCAUCAACUCGAACCAUCGAUCCCUAGAGUCAACUCGCUCGGUCGAUCUGUCGAAGGUCUUUGACCAUGGGGAUAUCCCGGCUGGCAUACUUGGCAACUCUGCUCGCCGCCUUGACCUACGCCUCUCCCCUUGUAAAACGAGCCGAAGACGUGGUCCAAGGCGCACUAGGGACAGAUGGAUACUGGAAUGACUAUGAUGGCGGGUCAAACCACUACACCGAAUAUGAAGGCAAUGGUUCGGUGACGGCAGGGUGGCCCAAUCAACUGACGUGGGUGUCCUUCAAUGAUCUAUGGGUUUCCAAUCAACAUACAAUCAGCCGGAGUUGCGACCAGCUGUAUGGGGUGCCAAAUAAUUCAGAGCAAGAGACACAAGAUUUGUACAAUUCAAUAAAACAGAUCGCCCAUCAAACCAGGGUAGAUCACCGCUUUAUUCUGGCUGCCAUUCUACAAGAAACCAAAGGCUGUGUUCGAGCAAAGACCAGCGUUUCGCCGGAUGGAAUCAAGAAUCCGGGUUUACUUCAAUCGUUCAAAGGAACGCAUUCCUGCAAUGAUGGGAAAGUACUCAAUCCAUGUCCAACGGAUCAGAUUUUGGGUAUGAUUGCAGAUGGGGUUGGCGGCACGGAUGCUGGACAUGGGUUUGCUGCCGAUAUCAAUGCCCAAGCCGACGUCGAAGGAAUCGAAUAUGCUGAGGCGUAUUACCGAGCCGCUCGGCUAUACAACUCCGGUGCCAUUGAUUCAUCCGGAGACUUGGGCAAAGGAUCUGCAACACACUGCUAUGCCAGUGAUAUCGCGAAUAUUCUCGUUGGGUGGACGGAUAGCCAGUCAACUUGCACGUUGGACGACGAUUAGAAGGCACAACGGACUCCAAAGGCAUGAGACUCUGCUGGCUCAUAAUUUCUGGUCGAGUGAUGCUCGCUUGCAUGGCGCUGGGAGUCAUUGGGAAAAGCAGCCUUUUGGAAAGGACGUGGAAAUAUACCAGGCCCCUACAGUAUAGAGGAAUCAAAGUGCACGCCAGCAUGGUUCCGAAUACCAGUAAUCUUUUGAUAUCAUGCUUCGGAAGCCCCACCUGGAAUUUAU